AUGUCUGGCACUGCUGACAAGGUAGCAAAGGCUACCAAAUCGUCGGGCUCAGAUGGCGCGAGGACGACAGAUGCUGCUGUGAACGAUGCCUCUGGGCUUUUGCAAACAUUGCAGGGUCAUAUCGAUGAGAUCCGCACUAGGCUUCAAUGUGGGAUUUGCGUCCGUCUCCUCUACGAGCCCUAUACACUGGCUUGUGGCCAUACGUUCUGUUAUACAUGCCUCACAUCAUGGUUCGCAGAACGUAGCGGGUCGAGAAAGACAUGCCCUGAUUGCCGCGCACAGGUGAAAACCCAGCCGGCGCCCGCAUAUUUGGUCCGUGGUCUUGUUCACUUAUUCGCCAACAAUGCAGAGCUUCUGGAAAAGGGCGAGACGACGGCAGAGCACCGGAAGCACCAACAGGAAGAGCAGAAGAAGGUGGAAGCAGACAAAGCAAAUACUGAUCCGCGAACCGGCGGACUCUUUCAGGGUCGCUUCAAGGAGAGGACCCCUGCUCCUGCACCGAUCAUCGACGUGGAGGAUGGUGUCACCCGCUGUCCGAACUGUUCAUGGGAGCUCGAAGAUGACGCCUGCAUGAACUGUGGAUACCAUGUGGAUGCCGAUGAGACGGUGACGGGCACGACAGAUUCGGAGGAGAACUCGGAGAUGACGGACUACAACGAGGACAUGGAGAAUGGUUUCGGUGACAUCGAUGAAGAUGACACUUGGAACGAGGUCUACGACGGCGUUCCCUUCGAACAAUUGCCGUUUGGGGUCCAACAAUUCUAUGACCCUCUCCGUCGAAUGCGACAUCGUUACCAGAACAUUCUCCCACAUGAUCCUCAUGAAUGGCAGUUUCCUCAUUCUAGCUCUCCCGUCCAUGACAGCGAAGACUUAGAGGAAGAGGACGACGACGACGACGAAGAGGAUACGUCCGAAGUUGAGUCCGAGUCCGAGGAUGAGGAUGAGGAGAUGGAUUCUUUCAUCGUUGACGAUGAGGAAUUAGAAGAUGAGGAGGAGUCUAGUACAGAUCAUUCGACUGUGGUUGGGGAUCACAGUUACAUGAUGCACGCUGAAUACGAAACCAACACGGACACGGAAACCACGAGCACAUCGCAUCAUGGCAGAGAGCACAGUGUUUCCUCGGAGUUAGAGGAUAGUUCAUCGGACGAGGACGAGGAGCCCAUCCGGCGGCCCGCCGCAAAUCGUCCGCAACGUCGGUUUCACGGUCCUUAUCCUCGCGCGGCUAAUCAUCGAAACCAGAGAAACAAUCGGGGCAAUGCAUCCCGCCCAGGAACGUCCGCGAGCAAUGCCAUCCCUAUCGAUGACGAUUCCGACGGACCUGUGCCUCCGACGAGGAGGGCAAGGAGCCGUAGGAACCAAGGAAGGCAGAGGCGUGCUUAA